AUGACACCGGUGGAUAAAGAAGAACCUGCAACAUCGUCAACUAGUCAAAGUCCAAACUCAUUCGAGAACGUUUUUUGUGCUAUUUGUGGUGACAAAGCGACUGGAAAACAUUAUGGAGCACUGAGUUGUGAUGGAUGCAAAGGUUUCUUCCGACGAACGAUUCGGAAACACCAUUCUUACGUGUGUCGUUUCGGGGAAAAGUGCCAAGUGGACAAAGCGAAACGGAACUCAUGCAGAAAAUGUCGAUUUGAUGUAUGUAUUCGAAAAGGAAUGAAAAGAGAUGCUGUACAGACAGAACGAGAUAGGAUAAGACCUCUGAAUGUAUUUUUAAAUGGAAAACUUACUGAAGAUCCUUUAUUGGAGACACUCCAGAGAGCUGAACAGGCAACCCGAGGAUUACGAACAACAGUGAUCACAAAAACAUCAGAAGCACGGAAACAGGCGACAACUGUAGAUGUAACAGAUAGUAUGAAUCAACAAUUGAGACUGAUGGUCGAAUGGGCAAAAAUGCUGGAAGGGUUUAUUAGAGUGGAUUGCAUUACUCAGGCGGCUCUUCUCAGACACUUCUCAGCACAACAUCUGGUAAUGUGUGCAGCUUUUCGAAGCAUUCAUUUAUCAGAUGCUGUGUGGUUAACAAAUGAAACAUGCUUACACAAGGAUAGUCCGAAGAUCCCAGAUAUGAACCGUGUCGCAGAACGAAUCAUCGAUCAAGUGACAACACCAAUGAGACAGUUACAUAUGAGUGAAAUUGAGUACAUUGCUUUAAAAGCAAUAACCUUUUUUGAUCCAUUGGCAAAAGGAAUUUCGAGUGAAUCCCAUGGUGAUGUGGAAGACAUGCGACAGAAGAUCCUGGAAGCCUUCGAACGUCACGUACGAUUCAGUUCCCCACACAAAGAUAUGCCACUUCGAUUCGCGAAUCUUCUUCUCCUACUACCUCCUAUGCUAGCAAUAUCAAGAGAUCUUGUGGAAGAUGUUCAACUGGCAAAGCUCUUUGGUCUUGCCUCUAUUGAUGACUUAAUGUUAGAACUAAUGUUGCCAAACGAGAAAAGUGUUGGAAGUGAUAAAGGAGAAUCACCCUUGACUGGUCAACAAUAA